GUUUCUUUCUCCCUAUAGACUACUCAACAGCAAGACGCCUGGCGCGUCUUACUAUAUCUCGACUAAUACCAGCUAUCUAUUCUUAAAGUAUUGCUGCUUGAAGUGGUCUCCAGCCUUCUUGCGCUACAGUAAUACGACUUCACGUCGAAUCACGAUCAUUCAGCUGUCAACGCUCUGCUCUGGAAGCAGUUCAGUUACGCAUUAGAAACAUUAGACGCAGCAUAAUUGCCUUAUUUGGCCAUGAACUUUGCAAUGCAGUUGACCGGAAAGGUUAAAACACGCCCCAUGAUUGCAUGCCCGGAGUGCGGACGCGAGUUCCAGCGGAAUCGCAAAGCCGAUCUUCAGCGCCAUAUGCGCAUUCACACAAACGAAAAGCCCUUUGUCUGCCCAUAUCCAGACUGUGGCAAAGCCUUUAGGCAAUCUUCAGCUUUGAAGAAUCACUCAAAUUACCACCAGAGGGAUACUUCUUUCACGUGUGAUCAGUGCAAUAUGAAUUUCUUCGACAAGCCGACUUUCAAUCGACAUGUUCGUGAGAAGCACGAGCUCGAAUAUGUAUUUGCUUGCUCUAUUGUGGGUUGUGGAAAGCAUUUUAAACGAAAACCUGUAUUCAAGCAGCAUAUGCAGGAUAAGCAUUCGAUUGUCUACAACGACCAAGAGCUUCUCGCUCAUCGUGUCUCCGCUGAACCUUACUUGAGGGCAGCUCACGGUUCAAAGGCUGCUUACCACUCAAAUUUGUCCCCACUGCCGAGGCUUGCAGAUGCUCUGCAGAGUGUACAUAUACAUUCGGCUCAACCGCCCGCUGUGCAGAUCAACAGCGGCGUAUAUUACUCGUCGAAUCCGGCUGUAUAUGGAUCUAAUAAUGCCGAUGCCGUGCUGCUCAACGAUCCAUAUUCGACAGCCAAGUCGGUACACGCGACGUAUGCAACACCCACAAGCCACUACACCCAGACAUUUGGCGACUACGCAACCCCAUACGACUCUAUGCCUACGAACUUUUGGAUGCCUUCAGGAGGUCCAAAUGACACCUACUUUGAUGGACAAAUUUUCGGAAACAUGCAGCCAGCGGGUAUUCCAUCAGCGGCUCCAACAAUCUCGCUCACACCCGCACCAUCGCCACCACAUGGAUCUCCGAACCCGUCGUUCAUGUUCUCCUCGAGUUCGUCUUCUGGGAAUACGAACGGAGGAAGCAUGGGCUCUUACAGCCCCCACUCGUCAUAUAGCCGCGCUUCGUCGGCAUCUCCUAUCAGCCCAGUAGCAAGUCCCGCAACUCAAUCUCAACAACCUCAGUACACUUUACGCCCGUACAUCGCACCUCCGUAUUACUGACUUUCAUACAUGGACUUCAUGACCCUUUGUACCAUUUUUCUCACGAGACUUUUCCUUUUCUUACUGUAUUUAUUGUUUAUUUGUUUUCAUCUUUUAUCACGGACUUCUUCACAUCUCAUCACCAAGGUUCGCUGGACCGUGCAAGCAGCUUACAUUCCACUUAAUUUUACACCUUGCCAUGUCGCUGUACACUUUGUAACGCCAAUAUGCCCUCGCCUAUGUCCUUAUGCUGUCGUAUGCCCCACUGUAGCUAUUUAUGCCAAUCCAUU